AUGGCGUAUGGCAUUGGAUUCCCCAGUCCGGGAAACCGGGUACCACACCGUGAAACUUAUCGAUGUGUAGCGUGUAUUUUCCCUGCAGUCUCUCCGUUCAGGCACUUUAUUCAUUACAAAACGCGCCUUAUUUGCAAGGUACUUCGCUCCGCUAUCCGAAUAAGUAGCGGCCGUAUCGCGGUGCAGCCCCAACUGAGCCGAAUUCGGUGGUGGAGUUGUGGAAAUUUAGCUUCCGAAGUAAUGAACUUAGUGCUAGACCUUGGCGCCACGAUGAGGCAUUUCCGCAGCACCAAGGUCUUUUUAUUGCAAGUUUGCAAAUUGCAAAGGCAGCCCCAUACAACACUAUAA